AUGGCCCCAAACGGAACAAAACGAAGAAAGAUUGCCCAUGCGUCUCAGGAUCAAAACGAGUCAAAAAGUGCACAAAAGUCCUUCUUUAAGAACGCCGCGAAUUGGAAUCUUGAACAAGACUACGAGUCGCGCCCCCGCAAAGGCAAGAAGCAGAAGGAGAGCAACCGACUGCCUAUCAAGACAGCAGACGGUCGGAUUGAACAAGCCCAAGGACAAGAGGAUGACGCAGCUUCGAUCGAAAGCGAUACAGAAUGGCUAGAAGGUCGUGAGGAUGAACAAGAGGAACCUGAGGAAGAGGAGAUCGAGGAGGAGCCCGAGAUCCCUGUGCCUCAGCAGAUCCGAGCUGCCCAGGAAGAAUUGGCCAAAAUCGCCACGCAGAUGAAUGAGAAUCCAGAGGAACAUGUUGGCGCAUUCAAGGCCCUCGUCAAGAUUGGACAAUCCAAGAUCAUCGCCAUCCAGAUGCUCGCCCUCAUGACACAAAUGACCGUUUACAAGGAUGUCAUUCCCGGAUACCGAAUACGUCCACAGGAGGAGAACGGUCCAAGAGAGAAGCUUUCCAAGGAGGUUCGCACCCUGAGGGGUUAUGAGCAGGCACUUGUUUCGGGUUAUCAAAAUUACAUCAAAGAGCUUGCUCGAUGCUCCAAGCUUGAUGUAAGGGCAGCCAAGGGGGGACCAACUCUAGCCAGUAUCGCUAUCACAUGUGCCUGUACUCUCAUCACAUCAGUGUCACAUUUCAACUUCCGCACAGAGCUACUCAAGAUUCUUGUCACCAAGCUCAGUCGACGCAAAGUCAACCAGGACGGUGUCAAGUGUCUGGAAGCUCUUCGGGAGCUCUUCAAAGAGGAUGAAGAAGGGCGACCAACUAAUGAUGCCGUUGCUCUGCUUUCUAAGAUGAUGAAGGCCCGCGAAUUUCAGGUGGACGAGAGUGUUAUCAACCUUUUCCUCAGUCUACGUUUGCUAUCCGAAUUUUCCGGCAAAGCCUCUCAGGAUCAUGCUGAAAGUACCGAAGGGCCCUUUAAGAAGAAGAAGCGCGAGUUCAGAACCAAACGCUAUCGUAAGGAGCUCAAAGAGCAGAAGGCUUUAGACAAGGAUAUGGCCAACGCCGAUGCAUCUGUCAGCUACGAGGAGCGCGAUCGUAUGCAGUCGGAAACUUUGAAGCUCGUCUUCGCCACAUAUUUCCGCAUCCUGAAGCUAAGAAUGCCUCAUCUUAUGGGAGCAGUUCUCGAAGGGUUGGCCAAGUAUGCCCAUCUUAUCAACCAGGACUUCUUUGGUGAUCUUCUCGAAGCUCUUAAGGAUCUCAUCCGCCACAGCGAAGAGGACGCCGAGAAGGGUCCCGGUGGCGAAGAGGACAACGAGGAUGAGAACGAGGAUGACGAUGAAGAUGAUGACAUCCCGGUUCGCAACCUUACUCGCGAAGCUCUCCUCUGCACCGUCACAGCCUUUGCCCUGCUCGAGGGUCAAGAUGCUCACAACUCACGUAACGAUCUCCACCUCGACCUGUCGUUCUUCACUACCCACCUUUUCAAGUCUCUCCUUACCCUCUCUACAAACCCGGACGUCGAAUUGACACGCCCUGCCAACUCAACCAAUGCAGCCACCAAGAUCAAUGUCCAAACAACAACAGUUCUUCUCCUACGUUCGCUGACCGGCAUUCUUCUUCCUCCGUGGAACAUCAGAUCGGUACCGCCUAUGCGUCUCGCCGCCUUCUCCAAGCAGCUCAUGACGGCCGCACUUCAGCUUCCCGAUAAGUCGUGCCAGGCUGUCCUGGUGCUGCUUAGCGAUGUGGCGCAUACUCAUGCCAAAAAGGUCCGAAGUCUAUGGGACACCGAAGAGCGUAAGGGAGAUGGUCGAUAUAACCCCGUUAGUGAUAGUGUAGAGGGUAGCAACCCUUUCGCAGCGACAGUUUGGGAGGGUGAGCUCUUGAGAAAACAUUAUUCUCCCAAGGUGAGAGAGGGGGUGAAAAUACUGGAGAAGGGGAUGUCCGAAUAG